AUGGCGCUUGCAGCUGCUAUUGCCGGCGGGACGGCGCUGGCAUAUCUCAAUGGGAAAUACCAGCUGGCUUCUGAUAUAUCCUCUAUCAUUUCAAUGAGAAGAAGCGAGAGAAACGUUGCUGCAAGAGUCGCGAAUGGCACCAUUUGCCCGUGGUUCUUGUUUGAGGACACGGUAAAGAAGUACCCUUCUGUCCGCGCCGUCUGGACACGAGAGACAUGCUACACCUUUCGUGAACUCCAUGAUGUCGCCUGUCAGUAUGCACACUACUUUCGCUCCCAGGGUGUGCAGCGCGGCCAGCUUGUAGCUACAUACCUGCAAAACUGCGCAAAUUUUCCUGCCACAUGGCUGGGUCUAUGGUCAAUCGGCGCCGCACCGGCAUUCAUCAAUUAUAACCUGGCUGGAGCAGCGUUGCUACACUGCGUCAAAGUCAGUGGCGCCAGCAUAUUGAUUGUUGAUAACGAUCCCAUGUGUAAAUCCAGGAUAGAAGAGGAACGUUCAAAAAUCGAGAAAGACCUUCAUAUCACCCCCGUCCUGCUUGACGAGGAUUUCAAGAAGCAUAUCGAUUCUUUACCGAAGACUCCACUGGAUGUUUCACUGCGUCAGAACAUGUCUCCCUCAUUCCCAGGAUGUCUCUUUUAUACCAGUGGAACAACCGGUCUCCCCAAAGCCUGCGCAUUCACCUUGGAGCGCAUAAGCCAGCUCUUCGGCACUCGGGCAUUACGUGAUUCCCCCGGCGGACCCGAUAGAUGGUACAACUGCAUGCCUCUAUACCACGGGACAGGAGGAAUUAACAUGAUUGUUUGCCUGGUAGGCGGUGUCUGCGUCGCGCUGGGCAAACGAUUCAGCGUGUCCUCGUUUUGGCACGACAUUAUCGACUCUGAAUCCACGCAUUUCGUCUACGUAGGCGAGAUAGCAAGAUACCUCCUCGCUGCACCUCCCUCGCCAUUGGACAAAGCCCAUUCCGUACGCUGUGCGUAUGGUAACGGUUUGAGACCCGAUGUAUGGGAGAAGUUCAGAACACGUUUCAAUAUCUCAACCAUCGCGGAAUUUUUCGCUAGUACAGAGGGCAUGUUUGCAUUAUUCAAUUUUGACCGUGGGCCGUACCAGGCUGCCUGUGUCGGCCAUCAUGGUCUUAUACUUCGGAAACUGCUGCAUAAUGUCUAUGUACCUGUAGCUAACGACCCAGUGACGGGAGAUAUCCUGCGCGAUCCCAAAACUGGGUUCGCUACUCGCAAUCCCUAUGAGGUCGGAGGGGAGAUCUUGGUGGCUAUUCCUGAUGAAAAGGCGUUCCAGGGCUAUUGGGACAAUCCAUCCGCUACGUCGAAGAAGUUUGCCCGUGAUGUGUUCAAGAAGGGAGAUUUGUAUUAUCGAUGCGGAGAUUCCCUGCGUCGAACUAAAGACGGACACUGGCAUUUUCUCGACCGUCUGGGCGAUACUUUCAGAUGGAAGUCUGAAAACGUCUCUACGGCCGAAGUAGCUGUGGUGCUGGGCCAGUUUUCUGGAGUCGCUGAGGCUAAUGUCUAUGGCGUCACUGUGCCAAAUCAUGAAGGACGAGCAGGCUGUGCCGCUCUCUUGAUUGAACCACAAGCCCUUUCUAGCUUUAAAUGGGAUACAUUCCUCAGACAUACUCGUGAGAGGCUGCCUAAGUAUGCAGUGCCAGUCUUUAUAAGGCUGGUAAAUUCCUCUGCACAUAUACAUAACCACAAGCAGAACAAGGUUGGACUACGGGAAGAGGGUGUUGAUCCAUCUAAGAGAGGAACAAAAACCGAGGGUGGAAAAGAGGAUAAGAUUCUAUGGCUUAAACCAAAGAGUGAUACAUAUGAAGAGUUUAAAGAUCAGGAGUGGGAGAGUCUUACUGCAGGAGGUGUAAGACUAUAA